AUGGUGACAUCUAUCUUUGGCACAUUCCGCGAUGAGCUCGACCGCCACCAUGAUCGUCGGGAGAGGAUCAUCAAGACGUCCCGGGAUAUCACAGCGUUGAGCAAGAAAAUUAUCUUUUCCCUUCAACGCGUGCGAAGCCUGAACUGUCCCCUCCCCCCCGCGAUAGCGAAAGACACCAGCGCCCGCCUCGCCCAGAUCGUCGAGCUCUUCCGAUCCGUCGUCCCCGACGUGACGGGCAUCAACUCCUGGCGGUACCAGCGCCAACUCAGCGGCGGGAUCCAGGAGUUCAUCGAAGCGCUGUCUUUCAAUCACUACGUGCAGUUCCAGACCCUGAUCACCCUCGAGGAGAUCCGGCGCCAACUCCCCGCCGAGAUCCUCGUCACAGAGGAGGACUACAUUAUGGGUCUGUUUGAUCUGACGGGGGAGAUGAUGCGCUUCGCCGUCACCUCCCUUUCAGCAGGGAUGGCGGGGAUCGUGGUGGACCUGCGCGGAAUGCGGUCAUCCUUUGAAUCACUGAGUGUUCCGCAUCGAUACGGCAUGCUGCGCGAUUUGUCCAAAAAGCUUGAUAUCAUGCAGGGCAGCGUGGAAAAGGUCGAGCGUGCGGCGUACGGCAUUCUCGUGCGGGGGAGCGAGAGGCCAAGUGGGUGGGUGCCUGAUUUGUCGGGGCCGGCGGAGGUGGAAUCUUUCUAA